GUCCAGUCAUGAUGAAGGAUGUGAAUUAAAGUUGAUUAAAGUUGAGGAAGAUAGAUGGUAAACGUGGAGUAGCACUUGAAGCUAUUAUUGUCGAAUUUGUGUGAUGGAAGAGCUAACAGUAGUGACGGGGCGAGUGUGUUAUUUGUAUCGUCCAAGCCCGAGCGCGGGGAGAGCACAGGAAAUCACACGUAGAAGGCGGAUCCACCAAUCAGCGCGCGGCGGGCGUGAUCUGUUCGGCUUCGCAGGCCGAGGCGGUGAUGGACUGAUCCCGCUGGGCCAGACGUGAUCCUGACCGGAAUGUACCCAAGCACGCAGAUAAGCGAGGGCACCGCGACAGCCUUGAUCCGUCAGGGAGUAUCCAGCAUUCUGAUCGUUCUGAUCGCCUGCCAUGCCGGAGUUGUGGUUGGGAUCAGAUCAGGGCCGGGCAUUGCUGAGAUCAUUGAUCCUGCCGCCCCAUUGGCUGACGCCCGGCACUCGCUUAGUCGUCCCCGUCACCCGCAGCGCAACCCUUUGGCUUUGAUUCUGCCAGCCAAAAUGCGCGCCCGAAAUCACGGCUUAUGGCACGCUGCUUUCCGAGCGCUUUUGGUGAUCGAAAAAUUACCCGCGCUAAUCCCAAAACUUGGUUUGGCAGCCAACCCAGAUCACCCGCCCGCCUCUUGCUUCCUACAAAUACUGCCCCCCACCCACACCCUCCAUCCUUCUUACAACUCACUCUUCUGUCGACCACUUAUCGCAUCGCCAUCGCGAUUUUAUCCACCCAACGACCUUUUCCAUCAUCAAGUCGUGUUAAUUCCAUCAAAUAAUCAUCUUCACAAUGGCCCGUACUAAGCAGACAGCCCGUAAGUCUUUCCCUUGCCGUCGUUGCCCUUGGGGGGUAUCCAUCUCACUGCCCACGGUCGCGUCGCGUCUGUGGUGGUGGUGGAUGCCUGUGGCAUACACGUCACGUUACUCUCA